UCCGCCGACGGCGCCGCGCCGCUCUCGGGCUCUGGUAGAGAGCGUUCAGCUGGAGCGGGAGGCGGCGCGGCUGUAGCACCGCGGGGAGGGCCGCGCCGGUUGCUUUCUGCAGCCGCUUCUCCGCUAGCCGGUCCCCCGCCGCCCCUGGGGCGCCGUGUGGCUCUAGACCGGGACCGAAGCUGCCGGCCGCCGCGGGUGGCCGGAUCCGCGUCCCGCCUCAGCGCCCGGAGGACAUGCGGGAGAGAGAAUGACCCAGAGGGACACGCUGGUGCAUCUGUUUGCCGGGGGAUGUGGUGGUACAGUAGGAGCUAUUCUGACAUGUCCACUAGAAGUUGUAAAAACGCGGCUGCAGUCCUCUUCUGUGACACUUUAUAUCUCUGAAGUUCAGUUGAACACCAUGGCUGGAGCCAGCGUCAACCGAGUAGUGUCUCCUGGACCUCUCCAUUGCCUAAAAGUGAUCUUGGAAAAAGAAGGGCCUCGUUCCUUGUUCAGAGGAUUAGGUCCCAAUAUAGUGGGGGUGGCUCCUUCCAGAGCAAUAUACUUUGCUGCUUAUUCAAACUGCAAGGAAAAGUUGAAUGGUGUAUUUGAUCCAGAUUCUACCCAGGUACACAUGAUUUCAGCUGCAAUGGCAGGUUUUACUGCAAUCACAGCGACCAACCCCAUUUGGCUUAUAAAGACUCGGUUACAGCUUGAUGCAAGGAUAAUUGAAAUGAAAUCUUAAGCGUCGUGAAGCAAAACUCAAAGUUUACUUCUUAAAGCCAAAGAUCUGAAAGGUAGUGGUAGUUAAAACAACCCAAAGGUUAGAGAAAUGUGAAGAUGCCAGUUGAUAUUAUACUAUUAUAAACUACCAGGGUUAUGCUUCAGUAUGAUGUAGGGUGGAUCUUUGGGGGGUCCUGAGAAAAGUAUGGCUUAAAACUCUAUUAUUUUUUCACCUACAAUUGUAGCACAAGCCAACACAAGUUCUUAGGCUUGGGGUGAUGGGGAAUGGGGUGGGGUUGGUGUAGUAGUUUGAAGGUUGGUUUGAGGAUGCUAAUGUAUAACCAUGAAAUCAAGAACAGGGCUGAUGUGUUUGCAUAUUACCCUUUGGGACUUGUAGCAUUUUAACUUCUCAUGAGGAAGUCUCUGGCAGAAACUGAUUACAAUUGGUUUCAUGGAUCAUUCAACAAAAAGUAUUCAUUCAAUGUCAUUAGUUGAGGACAGUUAUUAGUUCAAGACAAUAAUUAGUUCAUAAAACUGGAGGAAUUUGUGGGUUAUCAGUUGGGUGUCUUAACUGUGUUUUUGUUAUGUCAGAAACAGGUUGUAUAUAAUUUAUACAUAGGUAAAUUUUCUAUUUCUUUCCCUGUAGGUAGCAUUUAAACCCAUUUCUUAUAAAUAAGGGUCUAUUGGGAGAAUCAUAGUGUAAGGUAUUAUUUUUAUAAACUCAAAAUUACAUACUUGUAUAAGAGUAGAUACACUGCCGGGGCGCCUGGGUGGCUCAGUUGGUUGGGCGACUGCCUUCGGCUCAGGUCAUGAUCCCGG